AUGGUCAUCAACACAGCUGCGAUCGCUAUGAUCCUCAGUUUGGCGUUCCUUGUUAACAAAAAAGGGAAAGAGAUGAGAAGUUCACGUCAUCAAGGCAGCUGUGGUGAAGAAAGCGAUAGUGUAUCUGUGUCAUCCCGCAAUAGGAUGAUUCGGGUACUGACUAUUGUCGUCGGAGUGUUCGUCUGUUCGUCCUAUCUCUGCGUUGUCAGUGUGCACAUUGCUUUACAAAUGGGACUGGAAGAGGACUAUCAUGACUACAUCAUGACCUUCAAUGUACAUCUCGAUGGUGUUGGCACUGCUGACGUACAUCCAAAACUACUACGUGUUAUGGUUUCGUUCUCCACGGUAUCGACGUGCCUUCUUUCAACAGCUCACCUGGUUACGACACUGUUUAUGCUUCAAUAUCAAAACACCCGAAAUCUCUCCAAACCCUUCGAAUAA